UCAGAAGUAAUAACAAAAGCAGUAGAAGUAAUAGCUGAAGUAGUAGCAACAGCAAAAGUAAAAACAGCAAAAACAGAAAUAGUAAAAGUAACAAUAGCAGAAGUAGCAACAGUAGAAGAAACAGUAGAAUCAAUAGCAGAAACAUAG